GGAAAGUGAAAACGCAGAUCCUAAACCCUAAACCCUUAGCCCUCUCCUCGCCGGCAGUCUCUGUCCCUCCAUCUCCAUCUGUCAUCAACCUCCACCAACUCAGGCCUUGUUUCCCUUCAUCUCUCUCGCUCAUCGAUCUCUGACCCUCAUAGUUGCUACCGUCAAAGCCAUCGCCGCCUCCACUGAAGCCCUUGCCGCUAAGAUUCAGCCUCUACCACCACAGCACCCCGACCGAACCGAUCGGAACUUCCCCUUCCGAGCCUAUCACCAGGAUUCCCAAGGCUAAAAUAGGCAGUAGAGAAAGCCAAACAGCAGAAUGAAGCUGGAUGUGAACAUGUUGAGAUACCUCUGCAAAGAUGAUUUUAGGGUUCUAACUGCUGUGGAAAUGGGGAUGAGAAAUCAUGAAAUUGUUCCCUGUGAACUGGUGGAUCGCAUUGCUUCGCUCAAGCAUGGGGGUACUUAUAAGGUUCUCAAGAAUCUGCUCAGGCAUAAGCUCUUGCAUCACGACUCAUCUAAAUAUGAUGGGUUUCGCCUCACCUACCUUGGUUAUGAUUUUCUCGCAAUUAAGACUCUGGUCAAUCGCGGAGUCUUUGUGUCUGUUGGCCGUCAAAUUGGCGUAGGAAAAGAGUCUGAUAUCUUUGAGGUGGCCACAGAAGAUGGUACGGUUAUGGCAAUGAAGUUGCACAGGCUUGGUAGGGUUUCUUUUAGGGCUGUAAAAUCUAAGCGUGAUUACUUAAAACAUCGGAGCAGUUAUAGUUGGCUCUACUUGUCCCGCCUUGCUGCACUAAAAGAGUUCGCUUUUAUGAAGGCUUUAGAAGAGCAUGGCUUUCCUGUUCCAAGUGCUGUGGAUUGUAACAGGCAUUGUGUGAUUAUGUCACUCGUACAAGGCUACCCACUUGUACAGGUGAAGCAGUUGCAGAACCCAGAGGUAGUCUUUGAAACAAUCAUUGGACUUGUUGUUCGCCUUGCAGAGCAUGGUUUAAUCCACUGUGACUUCAAUGAAUUUAACAUUAUGAUUGAUGAUGACGAGAAGGUCACCAUGAUUGAUUUUCCACAAAUGGUAUCUGUAUCACAUCAUAAUGCACAGAUGUACUUUGACCGUGAUGUUGAAUGUGCCUUUAAGUUUUUUAGAAAGAGGUUCAACAUGAAUUUUCGAGAGUGCAGAGAUGAUAUCGAUGGAACAGAGGUAGACACAGACGAAAGUGUGAGGCUUUGUUUUUCUUCCAUAGCCAAGGAUGCUGUUUUUCUGGACAAGGAACUUGCUGCCAGUGGGUUUACUAGGAAGGAUCAGGAAGACAUUGAGAAGUUCAUUGAAGGAAGUUUGGAUAAGGAUGCUAGUUCUGGUGAUGAAGGUGCUGAAGAUGGCACGGACGUAUCUGUGCUAAAUGAAGCGAACAUAGAGGGUGUUGAUUCAUUGCAUUUGGUAGAUCAGGAUCAGACUUCAAAUUUAAAGCAGGAAGAGGACAAUCUAAGAAACUGUGAAGCAGGCCCGAGCAGUAAACCUGAAUGUGAAGAUGUGAGUGACAAGGAGGGAGAUAAUGACACUGAAAAGGACAAUGAUGCGGAGCUGGUAAAGCGCUUGAACAAGCAGAGACGACGUGCCAUGUCAGCAGCCCGUGGGCGACGGAAGACUCUUUCCUCCAGAAAUACCUACAAAGAUAAGGGCGGCAGAUCCUCUACCAGUUGCAAAAUUCAGCAUCAAUUAAGCAGCUGGUAGAAUAUGUGAAGUCCCACCUCAAAAUCCAAUCCUUGGUAUCUAUAAGUUCCAAGUCUGGGCUUGUUUGGUAUUUUAUUGAAUCAGAGAGUUUUAUCUAAGUAUCGGGUAUUUAAGCGGUAUUUUACAUGUCAUAAUACACGUGGAGGAAAUGUUAUAAAUACUCUUUAGCUUCAAAAACAAAAAAUGAGAUCCAAAAAGUGCUACCAUCUUUCUUAUAAUAUAAGAAAUCCGCAACCCUAA